UCUCUGUCUAAGUAAAACAUUCCAGUGGAGCUGGUGACUCUGCAUGAGGGCUUUUGCUUUUGCCUCUGCUCACACACAAAGACGACUAGGAGCUCUCCGUCUCUCAGCCAUGAUGAGAACACUUCACCUUGCCGUCGUGCUGCUUUGUGGCCUGGCCGCAGCCCAGCAGCAGGCCCUGAUGGACUACUUAGAGAGGAGGUUGCUGGCCAUCGAGGACCGCAUCUCCUUGUGGCAUGAGCAGACGAGCCGCUACACAUCGGAGCUGCGUGAGUUCAAGCAGCAGAUGGUGGCUCAGCUUGAGGGCCUGGACAAGAACAAGGAGGCGCUGCGGACCGAGCUGGACUCUGUGGGCGCACGAGUAGAUCGAGUGGAGCGGGAGAUGGACUUCCUAGAGACACAGAAUGGUGCGCAGCCAUGUGUGGAUGUGGAUGAUAAGUUGGUGGAGCAGCAGGUGACUGUGGCCAAGGAGAGGAACAAGGCCAAGUACGCCAAGCUCACAGACUGCAGUGACAUGAUCUCCAGCAUCAAAGCCAUGAAGAUACUCAAACGGAUGGGUGGCAGCAAGGGCAUGUGGACCAAAGACAUGGGCAGCUCCUCAGGCAAAGUUUACAUAUUCAACAGCACAGGGGAAGACACGUUGUACGAGUUCAGCUCUGUCCGGGACUUCACCUCUUCCCAAGGCACUUCAGCAGCCUCCGCCAUCCAGCUGCCUUCAGCCUGGGGUGGUAUGGGUCAUGCUGUAUACAACAAUCACCUGUAUUACGUGAAGGAUGGCGAGGAAAUAAGGCUGGUGAAGUUUGACCUGCAGAAAAGUAUGGUGGUGGACAGUGCAGUAUUCCCAGCUAAAGACCAGCUGCCAGUCUAUACCCUGAACCCAGAGACCUACAUUGACCUAGCUGCAGAUGAAGAAGGUCUGUGGGCCAUUUAUGCUACAAAAGAGAAUGAGAACCAUGUCUCUCUAGCCAAGGUGGACCCCAAAACAUUGGCCAUCGAGCAAAUGUGGGACACCCCAUGCCAAAGGGAGAAUGCAGAGGCUGCUUUUGUGGUCUGUGGCACCGUCUAUGUGGUGUACAACUCCAAGCUCCCAAGCCGCUCUCGAAUCCAGUGUGUUUUUGAUGUGAGUGACAUGGUGACAAAUGAUGAUGCUCCUACAGUGUAUUUUCCUAAGCGCUAUGGAACUCAUUCAAGUCUUAAAUACAGUCCCCUGGAGCAACUACUCUAUGCCUGGGAUGAUGGAUAUCAGAUUCUUUACAAGCUGCAAAUGAAGAAGAAAUUGGACGUGUAGGUGAUAUUGAACAGAAUAAUCCCGAUUUUUAUACUAUAGCUAUACUUCAGGUAUGACAUACUUGCUGAAGUUUCUUUCACAGUAGGCCUACCUUUGCUCCCUUUGAACUGUAAAGUACAGUAAAGGGUGUUUUUUCAGAUUUAGGGGAUCUAUUGGCAGAAAUUGAAUUUAGGAUACAAAACCAUGCUUUCAUUAGCAUAUAGUUACCUAUAAGUACGAACUGUGUUUUCAUUAGCUUAGAAUGAGCCCUUCUUAGCUACAUAGGGAGCAGGUCCUCUUCCAACACAGGCUGCAUGGAGAAUCAUGCAUAUUAUUUAGCACAAGAAAAAGCAAGGGAGGAUGAAUCCUCAUGGCCAAAUAAGCAAAAAAAGGAAGAAGCAACACAAAAUUGGGACAGACGAUAGCAGAAAACAAGGAUUAACACUGAUGUGGCGUUUCCUAGAGGUAAAUCACUGAUGUGGGACAAAUGUUUUCAGAGUCAUGCCGAAGUUACCUGUAUUCUGCUGGACAGGUAAUUUAGCAUUAGUAACCUUUUUAGCCAUGUCAAUGUUAAAAAAUAUCUCCGUGCUUCCAGGGUUGUCAUAUUUAUGCAUACCUGCUGGCCACCGUAGGAUCUACUACACCCUUAGAAAGGAAGGGUGAGGGAGUAUUUAGUUGGAGUCUCACUGCUAGAUGGCACUAAAUCUUACACACUGCACCUUUAAGGGUAAUUUGGAGACAGCUAAUUGUUUUCUACUUUUCCUGCCUACUUGCCCGGCCCCAUUCAUUCCUACUUUCAACCUUUGAGAUUGUAAUCUGGAAAAUUGCCAUAUUUUUCUCCUUUGCUAACUAUUACUUUACAAUUUUUCUAAAUUUUUGGACAAUUCAAUAAUUGACAUAUAAAGUUAUUCAGAAUGCUUUGAUGGGAAAUUGCAUUGUAGAAGUGCAUUGUAGAGAAACUUAGAGAAGUGUCAGGGGACUUUACAGUGGUACUGAUAGGUACCAAGGAUCAUGAUGUCUAUAACAUAAAUAUAGCCAUUUUAUCUGUCUUCAUGAGAAACCACAAUUACAAAAAAUAACGGUAAAUCUGAAUAAAAACAUUAUCUUUUUAGGGAAUAUUUAUCAUGUACAUACUUUAUCAGCUGAUGCUGAUAAGAAUGCCAAUGCCUGAACAUUUAUAAAAUGUAGAAACUGGGGCAUCUACCUGUAUUAGCAUUAUGGAGAAAUUUAAAAAGGGGCAAAAAUCAUAAAAAUGCAUUGUUAUCUACAGAUGAACUAAGGUGUAUUCUUGUUGUUAAAUGAAGGUGUUGUCUUGACCACUUACUAUACUGGCUUUGAAAACAACAGAUAAUUCAAACUGUUCUUGUAUAUUCCAAAAUGUACAACUUAUAGUUGUUUGCAGUUGUCACAGCAUUAUACUCUAAAUAUUUCCAUUUAUUAUGUUUAACAUUUUUUUGGUAGCUGUUUAUUGGAGUUACAUAAUUGUGUUAUUUACUGACAUUGUCCUAUAAAACAAUAAAUGACCAUGUAAUAAUAUUUACAUUUUAGAAGACAAAAAAAUCAUCAUGGCAUCACAGUU